AUGCGACAAUUGUCCUCCACUUUCGUUUUUGUUUCGAUUUCACUGUUUUCUGCGGCUUGGGCGGCUUCAGUUGUGACAAAAAAAGAGGUAGUCGACAAAUCAACAGCCGAAUUCGAAGACACUUUAAACGAUGCGGAUUUCGAAAGUAAUUUACAUCAAAGAUAUGAUUUGCACACUCUUGGAAUCAAAGUAAAAGAUGAUCCAACGAUUGGAAAUUACAGUGAAGGAGAUAUUUUAUUAGAAAGUCCCAAGAAGUUUGUGGAAGAGAAUAAUAAGUUGGGAAGGAACGCGAUUCGCCAGAUGUACAGACGUUGGCCAAACGGAGAGAUCCCAUACACUCUUUCAUCUCAAUACGGAUCGUACGCCCGUGGAGUUAUUGCAAAUGCCAUGAACGAAUAUCAUACCAAAACUUGUGUCAAAUUCGUCGCCAGAGAUCCCUCCAAGCAUCAUGAUUACCUUUGGAUUCAUCCUGAUGAUGGAUGUUAUAGUUUGGUUGGAAAGACCGGAGGAAAACAACCAGUGUCGCUGGAUUCUGGAUGUAUCCAAGUUGGAACUAUUGUCCAUGAAUUGAUGCAUGCCGUUGGAUUCUUCCAUGAACAGAGCAGACAAGACCGUGACAGCUACAUCGAUGUCGUCUGGCAGAAUGUGAUGAAUGGAGCCGAUGAUCAAUUCGAAAAAUACAAUCUGAAUGUCAUUUCUCAUUUGGAUGAGCCAUAUGACUAUGCCUCUAUUAUGCAUUAUGGACCAUACGCAUUCAGUGGAUCAGGCAAAAAGACCCUGGUGCCAAAGAAAUCUGGCUCCGAAAGAAUGGGUCAACGUGUCAAGUUUUCGGAUGUUGAUGUUCGGAAAAUCAAUAAAUUGUACAAUUGUCCAUCUGGGGGAUCUUCAAAUUCCAAUUCCAAUUCCAAUAACAAUCAAAUCAACACAAAUUCCAUCGUCAACAAUCAUCCUCAGGUUUGA